AUGAUGAACUGGGCGAAAGCAGCGUUGGCCAAUGUCGCCGGGACAUCAGAACCGAUUUACGGCCCAUCCGCUAUUCAACCUGUAACCAAACAGGCAGAGACCACUCCAUAUACGGAACUCGUGAGGAAGGACUUGCAAUGGGCUAAUAUGGAUUCCACGAGCGUCGAGACGCAGACUUUCUAUCUUCACGCAGACUCUGGGCAUAUUUCCGUGGCUCAAAUCAUUCAUAGCAAUGUUGCUGGCAUUCGCCAAACCUCCCAAUUUACCCUGAAAGUACUAUACCCAAGGAGCGAGAACAAACCAUUUCUCUGGUCAUCCGACCAACUCAGCAACAUCGAUUUUAAUGAAGACAAAACGAAUUUUUACGCAGAUGACGUUGCGGUUGAGCUUUCGGAGGAUGGGAAAACAUAUACGAUAAAGUCUAUGGUCAACCAGAAGUCUAUCGUCAAUAUCACUGUGACUAGAACAGCGCCUGGGUUCCAGGUAGGCAAUGAUGGAACUUCAUAUUUCGGAACCGACCCCAAAGCUCCCUGGGGAUCGAUGAGACAUCGCUUCUGGCCAAGAAAUACCGUGGAGGGGUCGAUCAUGACGAAGGAUGGACCAAUCGAUUUCAAGGGCAAAGCUCUCCUCAGCCAUGCUCUUCAGGGAAUGAAACCACAUCACGCGGGCGCGAAGUGGAAGUUUGUUGAUUUCCAGGGUCCAACAUAUUCAGCUAUCAUGAUGGAAUUUACCACUCCACCAUCCUACGGCUCUACUGUUGUCAAUGUUGGUGGCAUUGUCAAGGAUGGGGAGAUAAUUACAGCCGGUGCUUCUCACGUGGCCGAGCACACCAAGAUAAAAGGCGACUCCGAGAACGACUGGCCCGAACCAGAAGCUGUCAAGUAUCAGUGGAAUGGUAAGACCAAGGAUGGAAAGUCAAUCACGGCGGUUAUCGAUUGUCCUUUGGACGAGAGACUCGACAGGAUCGACGUCAUGGCAGAGGUGCCAGGGUUUGUGAAGACCAUUGUCGCGGCUGCUGCCGGAACAAAGCCAUAUAUAUACCAAUAUUCUCCAAAGUCUUGCCAAUUGAAAAUUAAUGUCGGAGAUGAUGAGAAAUCAGAGGAAGGACAACUGUUCACAGAAGCGACAUUUAUCGUGGAGACCUAA